CCUUGUUCCUUCCAACCCAACACAUACACAGAAUUGUUUUAUGCGAUUGAGCUGUCUGGUGACCAUCGUCACGAUCCUGUUGCUGAAUGCUUCUUGUGCCUCUGCACAGGACAUUGCUACCAGUCUUUAUCCUUACAUUUAUACCAAUCUCAAUAACUGGCCAUGCGUACGCUUAUUAAAUGCCACGAGUGUCAUUGGCUGUCAUGGUAAUUGCUCGUUCUAGUUGGGCCCCCCCCUUUUAAAACCGAAACUCG